UGUGGAUAAGAUCACCGGGCAGCCAUGGAAGAACUUACGGCUUUUGUAUCCAAAUCUUUUGACCAGAAAAGCAAAGAGAGCAGUAGCGGCAGUGGCAGCAGCAACAAGAAGGAAACGAUCACGUACAGGGAAGUUUUGGAGAGUGGGUUGGCUCGCUCUAGGGAGCUUGGAAACUCUGACUCUAACCUGCAGGACAUGACCGAGAGCAGCAACCAUUGCCCGGUGCAUCUUUUCAAAGACCACGUAGAGAGCGACAAGGACAAACUGAAGGAGUUCAGCACGGGCAGGACGGCGGAAGGUAAGAGCGGGGCUGG